UAAGUAGAAGGAACGAAACAAAACAUAUUCGCAAAUAAACAUUCGCCCAAGCUUCAAUCUCUUCGAUCUGUUCAGUUUUAAAACUUUGGUUCUUAAUCGAGAAGAAAAAGAAAAAAAAUGUUUUUUCACAUAGUAUUGGAGAGGAACAUGCAGCUGCAUCCACGCCACUUCGGUCGUAACCUACGGGAAAACCUAGUUUCCAAACUCAUGAAAGAUGUCGAGGGCACUUGCAGUGGUAGACAUGGAUUUGUGGUGGCAAUAACGGGUAUAGAAAACGUCGGUAAAGGUUUGAUUCGAGACGGGACAGGAUUUGUGACAUUCCCUGUCAAAUAUCAAUGUGUUGUGUUCAGACCAUUUAAAGGGGAGAUCUUGGAAGCUGCUGUUUCGAUGGUGAACAAGAUGGGAUUUUUUGCAGAAGCCGGCCCGGUCCAAAUUUUCGUUUCUAACCAUUUGAUUCCAGAUGAUAUGGAGUUUCAGUCUGGAGAUAUACCGAAUUAUACUACCUCUGAUGGAUCGGUUAAGAUUCAAAAGGACAGUGAAGUUCGCUUGAAGAUAAUUGGAACUCGAGUAGAUGCUACUGAAAUAUUCUGUAUUGGAACCAUAAAGGAUGAUUUCUUGGGUGUGAUUAAUGAUCCCACCACAGCUUAAUCCGAUGUUGGAUAAUCUCAGAUCAUACCACGAUUUCUAUAACAGUUAUGUCGUGGUUGAUGCCGGUAAAGCUUCAUUAGCCGUAAAAUUUUCAUUUUCUGGAACAUUGUAUUUUACUUGAAGUGUAAUCUUUCAAAUGCCUCCAUGGUCUUCGUCUACAUAGCCUGUAAUGUUUGAGAAUAAAGCUAUUUCCUUAUUGA